UUCACCGUUGACAUUUUCUACAGACCUUGCUCUAACUUACACAUUCCCAACCGCUACAGCUUCGGUAGACGUCUGAAGAAGCGUCACCAGAAGGGUGGGCGGUGCAGUCGUCAUAUCUGGUCGGAUGGACGUGUGGCGUGCGGAUCGUUGGCUGCCGAGAGGUGUUGACUGGCACCAACUGCCCACCAAUUCCUCUGAUCUGAUCUAUCCUCUGUACUUUGCUGUGCCUUUACUUGUAUUCAGGAUAAUCUAUGAAUCCCUAAUUGGCGUUCCUCUCGGCUUUGUUUUGGGUUACUACGGCAACGUUUCACUUUCUACUGCGAUCUACGACCACCUUACUGGUGGGUUUGCUCAGCAGACCCGUGUUAAGCGAAUUCUAGAGUGCUUUUGGCGCUUUAGCUACUAUACCUUUGCUUUCAUCUAUGGCUGUGUUAUACUCUGGGAUAAGCCGUGGUUAUGGGAUGUGAAGCAGUGCUGGAUUGGCUAUCCAUAUCACGAAGUUGAGAGUAGCGUAUGGUGGUAUUACAUGAUUGAGGCCUCAUUUUACUAUUCCCUUUUGAUUGCCUCUGUCUUUGAUGUCAAACGCACUGAUUUUUGGCAACUUAUUAUCCAUCACUUCGUUACCAUCGGCCUGCUCUCCAGUAGUUUCCUUAUUAAUUUUGUUAGAGUAGGAACUCUUGUGCUGAUCUCGCAUGACGUAGCAGAUAUCUUGCUAGAAUUUGGCAAGCUCACUCGUUAUGAUCGAAAUCUCAAACCACUUACCAAUGCUUGCUUUGUUGUGUUCUUAACUGGGUGGAUGGUUACUCGACUUGGUUACUAUCCUCUGGUGUUGGUACGCUCUGCUUUAUUUGAAGCUGCUCCGCUAAUACAACCUGAUUAUAAUUUGCUCGAUCUCACUCAAGUGCCAUACGCUCCACGCAUCAUCAUCAUUUUGCUGUUCAUACUCCUAGUACUCCAUGUCUUUUGGACUGUUAUUAUCUUGAAAAUUGUUAUCAAGACUGUCACUCAAGGCGAAGCUGGUGACUUAAGGUCCGAUUCGGAGUACUCCGACGUAGAUGAGAAGGAAAAUCUGGUGAAGCAAAAUGGAAAGCGAGUUUUCACCAAGCGAUCAUCGAAGCGAAGCAUCGAUGACAGUGAUACCGAUGAACCUUUGCAAAACGGCAUGAAGUAUAGGAGACCAAGGCGAGAAUGACUGCUGGAUCAUUCCAAAAUUGGUUGCUCAUCCAUAGUUGCUGCAAUAUUAUGUCAAUGACCUCAUUUUGAUCACUUCAUUAUUAUUCUAAUCACUUUGCUACUAUAUACAUCUUUCGACAACUUUUUUUUUUGAGUUAUGGGUGUGAUUCAGUGUCGCGUUUGUCUGUCAUUGAGGUUCCCGUAGAUACCACCGCUCGCGAGCUCAGCGCUGCCUUCUGCUUUUUUAACACGUACCUCAAGCAAUCGAUUCGAAUACUCAAAC